AUGCAAGGAGGGACUGGGCGUGCGGGAGCGAAGAGCAUGAAGGGAUAUCAUCACGUGGAUAUUGUUGUUCCCUCGUCCUCCAUCGAUGAUGAGCAGAAUCGGGCUCCUAAGUCAGAGUCGGCGAAUCAAGCCGACGCCGGGCCAUCGGAUGAUGGCGUGUCGAGCAUGACUCGCUUCUCGGGAGACUGUGUCAAAGUGUUCUGGUCCAAGAAGGCGAAGUUUGUUAGUCAGGACCCCUGGCCAGUUGUGCAGAAGCCUGCUACACGCCAUGGCCAUGAAGUCUACCUUGAACACGGCGAGGACAGUUCGAUUCCAUCGGAUGUUGCAGAGGAUGGAUCGAAGGUGGACGACCAGGGUGUUCCAGAUGAAGACUAUGGCGCCUUUGACAGAGGCCCUUUUGUUGUACACCCGACCAACAGCUCCCUGGCAAACACACAAAGAACAUUUUUAUUGUGA